AUGUCUGUGUCCACAGAGGAGUUCGUGGUGAUUGGCUCCUCGGACCCCACUGUGGCAGUGCUGGGUGGGAGCAUCACGCUGCCAUGUCGUGUGUUCCCGGCCAUGAAUGUGGAGAACAUGGAGCUGCGGUGGUUCCGCUCAAAUUUCACAGAAGCUGUGUUCAUCUAUCAAAACCAGCAGGAGCAGAGAGAGGAGCAGUUGCCCCAGUACACAGGGCGGACCUCACUGGUGAAGGAAUUCCUCACCUGGGGGGAGGCCAUCCUGCACAUCCACAAUGUCCAGGCUUUUGACGAUGGCCUAUAUACCUGCUUCUUCAGAAAGGGAAGCUUCUAUGAAUCUGCCAAUUUGGAACUGAAGGUGGCAGGAUCCUCCUGGAUUGAGGCUUUCUAUCAUGCGGAGCAGCCAGAGCAAAGCCGGCAGUGUGCCUGCGUGUUCAAGGAGCCAAGGAGCUUUCUCACUCCUAUGUCUGUGUCCACAGAGGAGUUCGUGGUGAUUGGCUCCUCGGACCCCAUUGUGGCAGUGCUGGGUGGGAACAUCACGCUGCCGUGUAGCGUGUCCCCGGCCAUGAAUGUGGAGAACAUGGAACUGCGGUGGUUCCACUCAAAUUUCACAGAAGCUGUGUUCAUCUAUCAAAACCAGCAGGAGCAGGGAGAGGAACAGUUGGCCCAGUACACAGAGCGGACCUCACUGGUGAAGGAAUUCCUCACCUGGGGGGAGGCCAUCCUGCACAUCCACAAUGUCCAGGCUUUUGACAAUGGCCUAUAUACCUGCUUCUUCAGAAAGGGAAGCUUCUAUGAAUCUGCCAAUUUGGAACUGAAGGUGGCAGGUGUGGGCUCUGCCCCUCAAGUGCACAUCACAGGGCCAGAGGAGGACGGGGUCCGAGUGGUGUGUAAGGCAUCGGGGUGGUUCCCAAAGCCCCAGGUGCAGUGGAGAGCCCUCAGUGAAGAGAAGUUCCUGAUGUUCUCUGAGACCCAUGUCCAAAAUGCUGAAGGGCUGUUCAGUGUGGAGGCUGCUCUGGUGGUGAAACACAGGUCUUCAAGGAAUGUGACCUGCUCCCUCCUCAACCCAGUCCUGAGCCAGGAGAAGGCGAUGGCCAUUUUCAUCCCAGAGGACUUCUUUCCCCGGACUUCUCCCUGGAUGUCAGCAUUCAUGGGGAUCCUGACCUUGCUGAUGCUCUUACUCCUUGGGACUGCCUACUACACCAAGAGAGAACAUACUGCAAAGUGCCAGGAGAUGCAGGAAUGGGAGAAACUCCACAGGGAAAAGGAGGAGGACCAGUGGGCAAAGGAGGAGGCACUGAAGGCCAGAGAUGAACUCCAAGCGGAUCUUGACUGGAGGAAAUCUGUUUACCUGGCUGCCUGGAGGAAGGCACAGCUGUAUGCAGAUUGGCGGAAGGAGAAGUUCCAGCCCUUGUCUGUUACUCUGGAUCCAGAGUCUGCACAUCCAAACCUUGCUGUUUCUGAUGAAAAGUCUACUGUGACCUGGAAGAAUACAACUAAGGACCCUGGAAAACACUGUAGCAUCUUAGGUCGGGAGGGCAUCACAUCAGGACGCUGUUAUUGGGUGGUGGAGAUCAGGAAUGGAGACAGAAGUGAGUGGUCUCUGGGUGUCUGUAGAGGAGAUGUGGAGAGGACAUACUGGUACCAAGAGAGCCCAGAAAGGGGGUUCUGGGCUGUGGGACGAUAUUUGCAAUAUUAUUGUGUAUAUUCCAACUUUGUGAUUCUGCUAUCCUGUAGGCAAGUUCCCCACAGGGUUGGGGUUUUCUUGGACCUCAAGGAAGGGGAUGUCUCCUUCUACAACAUGACUGAUGGCUCCCACAUGUUCUCCUUCCCUCUAGCUUCCUCCUCUGGGGCUCUGUUUCCAUAUUUCAUGUUGAGGUCAGGAGAUGUGUCCUUGACCAUCUGCUCUGUGGUGGGUGGCCCUGCAGAGACCCCAGUGCCCCUUAACAAUCUUCCUUCUUCUUUGGAGGAGCCUGUGAGCCUCUCAGGGGUGGGGUUCAACUCAGUCUCUGGUGUUGAUGGUGCUCUCCCUGGGGCUGAAUGU